UGACCUCCAAGAAGCCAUUUCAAGGUCUCUAGAUUCAAGUGCAAUUGAGAGUGACCUACCGAUGAGCUUAGAGAGUAUCAUGGCGCAGAUUGUCUCUAGAGUAAAUAAUGACAGCACUGUACGCUUCAAUAUCAUAAGACGAAAUGUGUGGGAUGGAGCAUCCAGAGCCAUGGGCAGAUCCAAUUUUUCACCUGAGAAGAAGAUAGAUGUCAAGUUUACUGAUGACUAUGGAAUAUCUGAGGGUGCUGUUGACAAUGGAGGACCUACUCGGGAGUUCUUCCGACUUUGCCUUGAUGAAGUCAAGGACAAAAUUGGCAUUUUUGAAGGUCCACCUAAUGCUAAAGUCCUUACGUGCAAUUCCAAAGCAAUGAAAGACAAUGGAUACUUCUGCGCUGGCCAGAUCAUGGCAAUGUCAAUUGCCCAUGGAGGACAGAGUCCAUGUUUCUUAUCUGAACUCUUGUAUGAGUGUCUUCAAAAGGGUCCAGACAACAUCAAAGUCAACACUGACCAUAUUACUGAUGAAGAAACAAGGUCACAGGUGCAAUCGAUCUUAGAAGCUGACACAAAAUCACAACUGCAGGUUGCAGUUGCACAGGCAGGCAGCUUGAUCAGUCUUGCUGGUCACAAUGUUUGCAUAACACUGGAAAACAAACAAGAAACUGCUUUGGAUUUGGCUCACUGGUAUGUCCUCCAGCGAACCCGUGCACCUUUUGAAAGGUUCAGAGAUGGCUUGAGGUCUCUAGGUGUCCUAGAUGCUCUACAGAAAUAUCCUCUUCAGAUGAAGUGCCUUUUCGUGAAAGCUGGAAAAGCUCUGAAAGCGACUGAUAUGGAGAAUCUUUUCAAGAUCAUUCACUCCGAGCGAGGAAGUAAUGCAUUCCAAGACGAGUGCCGAACCCUGGCUUUCUGGCAAGACUAUCUUCAGGAGGCUGAAUUUGAAAACGAUGUCUCUCUGGAAGAUAUCCUUGUUUUCUGCACUGGAUGUGACAGCAUUCCGGCACUGGGUUUCUCUCCAAAGCCAAGCCUUGAGUUUAUCACAAACUGCAAAUUUCCAAUUCCAUAG